AUGCUACUAUUCCUGACAAGGAAAGGGGAAUGUCCACCAUGUGAGUCAUGUUUCACUGAUGGGGACAGUUGUAGUGGCAAUAAGGCCAUUUGCCCUGGUGUGCUCAACAGAUGUGGCACAGCACGAACUGUGAACACAACAGGACCAAGGACUAUUCGCAAGUUUUGCUUCCUCCCCAGUGACUGCAUCUACAAAGGCCCUUCCACAUUUAAUGUGGGCAAGUCAGGAAUUGUAUCAAGCCGGCUUUUCUGCUGCGACAAGGAUGAGUGCAAUAAUUAUAUUCCUGAUGUCCCACCUAUAAGCACUACAUUCAAUGGAAUAAAGUGCCCAGCCUGCUAUGGUCUGGAGAACUAUACAUGCAAUGAAGAAGAGAUUGCCAAAUGUACUGGAGACCAGUACUAUUGCCUUGACAUGUCUGGGACUCCAAGGACAGGAUCACCAGUGGCCAUCAAGGGCUGUGUAAACAAGGUUGUCUGUGAUGAUUUUUAA